AUGUCACCGACAUCGACAUCCGAAUUGGUGACGAACAUUACGGAAUACCGAUAUCUCAACGAGAUCGACCGAUGCACGAUUGUCGCCUUGCUCGUGUCAACAUCGUUGUCGAAAACGAUGUCGACAUCGGAUGUUGUCUGGGAAACAACGAUGUGCAUCGAUGUCAAGAAUCGCCAACGCCCAAGCCCACUCAUGAAUCAGUUGGACUGGCGUUCACGUGGCUCAUGCACCGUGGAGCACCAGGACGGCAGACUGUUUGAUUCGCUCGUUGGCUGCCCACGCCAUGCUUCACGUCCGCCGGCUGGACCGCCGGCCGAGGCGCCGUUAUGCACCGUACGCGCACCGUGGCCAAAGAAGCGUGCA